CUUUAUUCUUUCUUUCCGUCACAAUCUCAACAUGAAAUUCUCCGUCCUCACCGCCCUCUUCACCCUGGUAGCUCUCGCAUCCGCCAUCGCCAUCGAAGAACCCGGCGCGUCAGUGGUCCGCCGCGAAGUCCUCCUCGAACGCCAGGGCGCCAACGCAAACCGGCCUGUUCCAACUGGAGCUUGCUGCGUAGCAGCAACCAGUUUGAAGGAAGACGUCUGCUUCAACAAUGGCCAGUCUGGCCGUUGUGUUCCAGAUUCGGUAAACAACUGCGGGGCGACCUUGACAUGUAUCGAGGAUAGCAGACUUACGUGUAAUGCGGCUGUUUUGGAAAGAGGCAGGCCGACGUGUAGACGUACGCCUGGUGCAUAAAUGCCAGCUUCAAAGGAUGGGUUUGGAAGAUGAGCAAAAUGGCAAACGAUUAAUUAAAC